AUGGGCGGCGGAAACCAGCCACCCCGUGUUGGCUCCUUGGAGGCCCAGCAGACCUCGCUCUCCUCGCCCGACCCCAAUAUCCACCUGCAUGCUGUCGUUGAUCUGGGCAGUAAUGGCAUCCGAUGCUCCAUCUCCGAUCUCACAGCACCGACCACUCGAGUCAUCCCUACUGUUCAUUUCCACCGCGUGAAUAUCUCGCUGUACGAGGCACAAGUCGACCCGGACACGGGCAAUCGCAUCCCCAUACCUACAUCCGUGAUCGAUCGUGUGGUCAGCGCCAUUCUUCGCUUCCAGAUAAUCUGCGUGGAAAUCGGGGUGCCCGCCACGAACAUCCGACUAAUCGCAACUGAGGCGACUCGAACUGCCAUCAACUCCGCCCAAUUCACAAGCGCCAUUCGCGAUGCCACAGGAGUUGAUGUGGAGUUACUCCGGAAGGAGGAGGAAGGAAUCGUGGGAGCAUGGGGUAUCGCAAGCAGUUUCUCUGAUGUAGAGGGCCUCGCGUUAGAUCUCGGGGGUGGAAGCAUGCAAAUGACAUGGAUCAUUUCCCACGCUGGUGAGGUCCAGAUCAGCCCCAAGGGAUCAGUGAGCUUUCCUUAUGGAGCUGCUGCUUUGACUCAGAAACUGGCCGAUUUAAAACGCGGUAAGAGCAAAAGUGAGGCCAAAAAGGCCAAGGAACAGUUUCGUCAAGAGAUGGCCGACAACUUCCGUACCGCAUUCGAAGCUCUGCAAAUCCCCGAGAGCCUGCGUCAAAAAGCCCGCGACCAUGGUGGGUUCCCUCUCUAUCUGUCGGGUGGUGGAUUCCGCGGCUGGGGCUAUCUCCUCUUAUACCUCCAUCAAACUCGGGGUCAAAGAUAUCCGAUCUCGAUCAUCAAUGGAUAUUCUGCCCAGAAAAAAGAUUUUGAGGAUACCGAGGCUUUGAAAGAGGUGGCUCGGACCGCACACGAGAUCUUUCGUGUGUCUGAUCGACGUCGCAAGCAAGUCCCAUCGGUCGCAUUCCUCGUGAAAACCCUGGCCGAGUCAUUACCGUAUGGAAUCAAGGAGGCGCAUUUCUGCCAAGGUGGUGUUCGCGAAGGAGUUUUAUUCCGCAAUAUGCUCCCCGUCGUUCGUCAACAAGAUCCGUUGGAGGUCGCUACUGCUCGCUAUGCGCCCGCGUCGGCUCAGGCCAUUGCUGCCCUGAUCCUGGCCGCGCUGCCCCGGCCAUCCGCGGGCCGAUCAGUUCCAUCAUCAAUCACAGUUCAUCUAGUUCAGGCGUUUGUUAAUUCCCUAUAUUUCCAUGCCACGAUGUCCAAGGAACUUUCCUCCAUACCAGCACGGGGAUCUUGGCAUCUCACGCACGGAAUCCCUCAUGCGCAUCGUGCCCUUUUGGCACUGGUCCUCCAGGAGCGGUACGGUGGAGAACUCCCACCACGCGAUGUGGAUUUCAAAUCCCAUCUCCAAGGCAUCCUCACACCCGAGGAGGUCUGGUGGACCCGUUAUCUUGGGAAGCUGGGGCUUGUUCUCACCCAGCUUUAUCCGAUUGGCACCAUUGACACCUUCAAGCCGCGUAUUAUUCCAUCCGCCCGCUGGGCGACCGGUCUAGGCAAAAAAGGCAAAAAAGAUGGGUUGAAACUAACGAUUGCCAUUCAAAAGGUCGAGUACGACCCCACCCAUCUCCGCGAAGAACUUGAACACGAUGUCCAGAAGAUCGAGAAGGUUGGCAAGCGCAAGAAUUGGAUUGGAGGUCGAGAUGGAUGGGGUGUCAAGGUGCUGGUUUCGGUUGAAGAAGAGGACCUGCUUGCCCAGAAUCAAGACUUAGUUCAGGGGUACUAA